AUUAUUUGUGUGGUUAUUUUUCAUUUUUCUCCAUAUAAAUACUUUUGCUUACUCCUCCUCCCAUUAACGUAACUAACGAACUCAACUCAGUUCAGUUAGUUUAUCGUUGUUGUUGUAUGAAUGAAUGAAUAGUGUAUAGCCAAAUAAUGCUUCUACUCUCUGCAAUCAACACUUCCACUCUUCCAUUCACUUUCAAAUCUCAACGAAUUCCUCUCCGUCGUAACCCUUGUUGUUUCCUCCAAACAAUCAACGCUAACCCUAACUCCGAUUCCGAUGACAAUUCCUCCACCCUCACUCUCUCUUCCACCCGCGCACUCGCCUCCGCUAUUAGUAAAGUCUCCACUUCACCCGUUGAGUUCACUCAGCGACUCGAGAAAGAUCGUAGAAACGGACUUGUUCUUCCUAGUCCUGAUUUUCAUAGACUCUGUCUUCAACAGCUUCACCUCUUUCGUAGAAUCGUACCUGAAUCAUUCCUCUCGGUGUAUGUUAGACCGGCAGGUAGUUAUGUGAUGGAUCGAUUGGAGCUACAGAGGGUUGCAUUGUACCCUGGUGGAGAUGCUGAAUCAGAUAGUGAUGGCAUUGUUAUUCUCGUCGCUCAUUUUAAUGUUCCUGCUGGCCUGCGUGCCACUGAGACCAUACUCUCCGAAUUGCAAGUUAAGGUUGUACCUGAAUGUAAAGCUGUAGUUCUUCCCAUGGUUAAACACCCAUUUGUUGUUGGUUUCAUGGUUGCUGAGCUUCCAUUGGUGGAGCUUGAAACUUGUGUGAAGGCUCAAAGUGAUGGGUCGAAUAACCAUGUAUCCGGGGAGGAAGAUUAUUCACUUCCUCCUUUUCUGGAUUUGAAUAAGAAGUCGUGGGAAAUUCAGACUCUUCGGAUCAAGGAUGAGCCUGUUGGUAUGCACAACUUCAGUUCCGAUCAAAGAUCAAUUGCAAUCGACAUUUCACAGACUCUGGCUAUGGCAUAUGUUAUGGAUCAGAAAGCAAUGUUACUUCAGCAAUCAACAUGGCAAAAUAAUGUCAGGAUGAAUAAUCUGGUUGAGCAAAUCCGUGGUCCACUUUCAAGCAUUCAAACCUUGGGCAAAAUCCUGUCCACACAAACAAAGAAAAGUCAGAUUUCAUAUGACAUUGUUGAGGAUAUCUUGACGCUGGGGGAUCGUCUGAGUGAUGUUCUCCAUCAACUUCAGGAUGCUGUCCAUUUGACAAAGGCUAAUAUUAUGCGCUACAAUGAAGAAUCAAUCAAGAAAAUGAAUGGUUCUAAUCACAUAUUUGCUGGGUCAGUAAAAUCUCAAUUUUUAGAUAGUUCUCCAAGGGAUGGCUUUCCGAAUAAAAUGAAUAAAUCUGGUGAGCCACUUUCUCUUGGUGUUGCUGCCCAAGAUAUAGAGAUGCCCCUUCCACCUCUGGCUCUCACUCCACUACAACCCGGGAUCAGACCGUGCAAUGUUUCUGAAAUAUUGGCAGACUUAGUUGAGACAAUCAGGCCUCUUGCUCUGAAUCAAAAACGUGUAAUAGAACUAAGUCAGCUCUCAUCAACUUUGUUAGCUGCUGUAGAAGAACCUGCUUUGCGCCAGGCUUUCAGCAACCUUAUUGAAGGUGCUUUACUGCGUACACGUGUUGGAGGAAAGGUGGCAAUUGUGUCUACUGAUGCACCAGCUGGUGGUACCCUCGUACUUAUUGAUGAUGAUGGACCUGAUAUGCACUAUAUGACGCAGAUGCAUUCACUCACACCAUAUGGACAAGAACUCUUGGCUGAAGAUAUGAUUGAAGACAAUAUGACAUGGAACUUUGUUGCUGGGCUGACUAUUGCCCGUGAGAUACUGGAGAGUUAUGGCUGUGUCGUGCGCAUUAUAUCACCCCGAACCAAAGAUGGUCCGCUUGGAGCUGGGGGGACUCGUGUAGAACUUUGGCUUCCUACUGCAGUUGUUCAAUCUGAUGUAUAGCAUGAGUUUGAAGUUACGUGAAAGAUAAAUUGAUACAUUCCCAAACAGUUCCGCCUCACAGCUCUUGAGAGUUGAGAAACUGGCUAGAAUAAGAUUGUAUGGUAAAUAUUACUAGUUUGUUCUUUAUCAUUGCAAAAGAUAUGUAUCAAGCCUGUAUAUAGCUCGUAAAGUUUCAUGUGUUGCAUAGUCGAUUUUAUGGUUAUGUUGAUAAUAUCAUGUAAACAAUGUAUUACAUCAUAUAGAAAGGUGUGUGUGGUUUAUGAGAGUAUCUAAAGUAUUUGAAGUAUUGUGUCCCCAUCCAAUUAAUAGAAACCUGUUUUCAGAA